UUACGAACAUCCACAAGCACAGAGUUUCCAUUUCGCUCUGUGCCUCUGUGACCUCCGUUUUGGCUGCGAUUUUUUAAUCGGACAAGAUAAAGCAGAAGGAGAAGAAGAGGGGAUUUUUUAGCACAGAGAGAGAGAGAGAGAGAGAGAGAGAGAGGCAGAUACUGAGUUGAAAGAUGAAGACGACGAAGGGAGGCAAGGCGAUGAACCCUACGGACGCGUUCCGUAAGGAGCUCCGCAAGAGGGAGCUUAAACGGAACAAGAAAGAAAGGAAAAAGGUGAGAGAGGUGGGGCUUUUGAAGAAAGAUCCUGAAACUCUUAGGGAGCAAAUUGAGAAGUUGGAAAUGAUGAAGGCUGAUGGUGCUUUGGACAAAGCAAGAAAACACAAGAAGAGGCAACUAGAGGACACGUAUAACCUUGUUUUAAAAAAGAGGAAGGAAUAUGAAGAGAAAAUGCGGGAGAAGGGUGAGGCCCCUGUUAUGUUCAGCCAUUUGGGACCUCCUCGAAGACGGACAACUGCAGAAGAAGAAGAGAAAGUCAAGCAUCCAAAGCCUGAAGACUCUGUUUACUAUCAUCCCACGCUGAAUCCUACUGGUGCCCCACCACCAGGAAAGCCUCCCAUGUAUAAAUCAUCAAUAGGGCCUAGAAUUCCCUUGUCUUCUGCUUCAUCCAGUGCUUCUGCGUCAUCAUCAAAGACAGAGUUAGAAGAUGCUGAGUUAGCUGCACCUCCUCAACCUCCACCUCCACCACCUCCCCCCUUGCCAGAUACUGAAAGCAUCGACUCUGGGGAUGGCUCUGUUAAACCUCCAUCUUUGCCUCUACCUCCUCCACCUCCAAUGCCCCCAACGCCUGCCCCACCAAACUUGGUUAUGCCAUUACCUGCACCACCUUUGCCGCCGCCGCCACCUCCUGGCCCCCCACCAAAAGAGCAAGUUGCUAAUCACCCUACACCUCCUCCACCUCCUCCACUCCAAUUGUCUGCUCUGCCACCUCCACCUGGUACCAGUGGAGGUGAAAAGGAGACAAACCAACCCGCACUGUUAGACGGCCUGAAGUCCAAGGAGCAAGCUCAGGUGCCUGCCGUGCUUCCUCCUCCCCCGCCUGGGCUGCCACUGAAAUCAAGUAACCAGUCAGAAGGUGCACCAUCUAAUGCUGAUACCAAUAAUUUUUCAGCAACUCAGGAUCUCUCAAGAAUGGUUCCACCCCCACCCCCUCCACGCCACCAACCUCCACCUGGACCCACCCUGCUCCCAACUUUACAGCCUGAUGUAUUACCCCCAGGAAUAUCACGGCAUCCCCCACUGCUACCUCCUCCAGAUAUGCGGCCUCCAUUAUCUGGUCCUGGACUUCCCGGUUUAGCAGGUCCCCCUGGAGUUAUGCAUCAGCUAAUGCCAAGGCCUCCAUAUGGUCCUCCCCCCGGGCCUCCCCCGAUGAUGAGACCACCACUUCCACCUGGUCCUCCGCCUACCUUCCUAGAAGAUGAGCAUGCUUCUAAUAUACCAUCUGCUCCACAGAAACCUUCAUAUAUCAAAUCUGCUGCAUCUACUGUUGUUAAGAGGCCACUAGCUCAGCACACUCCAGAACUUACAGCUAUGGUUCCUGCAUCUGUUAGAGUGAGGAGAGAGUCUGCUGUCCCGAAAGGAAAGCCAAAAUCAUCACUCACAAGUGCUGCAAUGGUCAGUGGGCCAACUGGUCCUACUGUCGUGAAGCCAGAACCAGCAAACUCAUCAUCAGCACCAAAGAAACAGAGCAUUGAUGACUCAUAUGUGGCCUUUUUGGAGGACAUGAAAGCGCUUGGUGCACUUGAUGGUUGAGACUAUUGUAGCUGCUGAGAAGGUGCAAGGAAUAUAGAGGAGGCACACAUGUAAUCAAAAGAAACCAAGUGUACAUGUUACGUAUUUGAUCUGGGGAAUUGCAGCUUUAUUCAUUGUUGCCAGUAGCCUCUGUUUGCUUUGGUGCUGUUUCAUUGGUGAACCUCUCUUGUACCUGUGGUAAUUAAUUUCUCCGACUGCUUUGUUUUAAAAAUCUUAGUUCUGAGAAAAAUGUGUAACUAGAGCUGAUAUCCAUGAGAGAAUGAUAGAUUGUAUAAGCAAAUUCGAGGCUGUACUACAAUUGAAUUAGGAGAUAAUGACACUCAUGCUUUUGAUAAUACUCAAGACACUUUUUUUUCCC